AUGUCACUGUAUGUAUCUAUGUAUGCAAAUGCAAUGCACUGCGUUGGAUUUUGUCUUUUAAGUCAAACCUUUCCCCAAGGGUGUUCCAGGGAUUUCGCCUUCGGGUUAGGUAGGGAUGAUGACAUGGUGGCUGUAUUAUCCCCACCACAGAAAAUGGGUCCAGUACAUAUGAAGUGGUUGGGUUGGGUAUGGGUAAAGGUGAGGACUAGUGCCUUGAUCAGUUACCACUUCCUUGGCCUUUCCAUGGAUGGGACCACGAUGCCAUAUGCUUAUUUUCUGACCAUGUCAAGUUCUCAGUGUUUUCAGAACCCACCUAACUUGAACACGGGUAUCCAUGGAACAGGAACUGUCCAAGAACUUGGAGGACUUAAUUCUUAUGUCACUGGAUCUCCUGAUUCCAAGUUGGCACUCAUACUAGUUUCUGAUGUAUUUGGGUAUGAAGCACCAAAACUAAGGAAACUCGCUGACAAAGUAGCAGCAUCUGGAUUCUUGGUUGUUGUUCCUGAUCUUCUGUAUGGUGACUAUGCUGACCUCCAUAAUCCUCAGUUCGAUCGAGAUUCGUGGGGAAAGGCUCACGGAAAGGACAAGGCAUGUGAAGACACGAAGCCUCUAAUUGCUGCUCUAAAGAGUAAAGGUGUUAAGUCCAUAGGGGCUGCUGGUUUUUGCUGGGGAGGAGUUGUGGUUGUGAAAUUGGCAAUUUCCAGUGACAUUCAGGCUGCAGUUAUUCUGCAUCCCGGUUCAAUCUCAGAUGAUGAUAUUAAGGAGGUCAAGAUUCCUGUUGCUAUACUGGGAGCCGAAAUUGACCAUAUUUUCCCACCAGAACGGUUGAAGCAGAUUGAAGAAAUACUAUCUUCAAAAUCUGAGUGUGAGAGCUUUGUGAAAUUAUUCUCUGGUGUCAAGCAUGGAUGGACAGUGCGGUACGAUGAUGAUGAUGAUGAAGGAACUAUUAAGAGUGCAAAAGAGGCACAUCAAGACAUGUUGAGUUGGUUUAUCAAACAUGUCAAGUGA